UGCCUGGUGCCAGCCGCCACUGUGACCAUGGCUGGGCUCGUGGGGCCAGCAGCAGCCCUGGUUCUCCUCUGCCUGGCCGCGGGGCUGGAAGCCAGCCCGGAGCUCUCCGGGUACCUGCGCAAGGUACUGAGGAACCACACCACGCACACAUGUGAUGGGGAGCAGCUCCUCAUCGUCUGCCCUCACAGGACAACCAUCAGCAUCCUCGGAGCUUUCUACGGGCGUCGCGUGCCCAGCCCCAACCUCUGCCCCAGCCCUGGCAAUGACUCCCUGGAGAGCACUGAAUGUGUGUCCAGCACAGCCCACCUGAAGCUGCUGGCUGAGUGUCAGGACCAGCAGUGGUGCCAGUUCUCGGUGCACAGCCAAGUCUUUGGGCCAGACCCGUGCCCGGGCACACACAAGUACCUCAUCGUUUCCUACAAAUGCCGGCCAGGGAACCAUCGGGUCAAAACUGUGUGUGAAAAUGACAAGCUGAGGCUGCAGUGCCGGCCAAAAUCUGUGCUGGCUAUUUAUUCUGCCAGUUAUGGACGAUUCCUGCAGGGGAAACCGGAGUGCAAUGCCCUGAACACUGCAGGACCCCAUAUAGAGUGCUUGGCUCCGGAUGCCCUGCGGAGGGUCUCCAGGAAGUGCCACCGCAGGGAGAACUGCACAGUGGCUGCUGACCAGGCCACUUUCGGGGAUCCGUGCCUCCCUGGCACAAAGAAACAGCUACGAGUGUCAUACACCUGUGUGCCCAAGCAGCUGCUGGAGGAGGUGGGCCCUGACACCUCGGACCCCUUCCUGCUCUCGGACUACAUGCACGGUGGCUGGUACAAAGGGCCCAGGUUCUCCAGGCUCCGGGAAGACCGGAUGGUUUUUACUAGCACUCUGGCAGCUUUUGCCCACCUUUGGGGCGUCCCAGAGAAAGUUGGUCUUUACUUUCUUUGUGGGGUCUCUGGAGGCCUCAUGCUCCUGCUGUGCAUUGUCAGCCCCAAAACCACCUUCCUCCAGGAGGUGGGGGAGGCUCUCAGAGACCCAGAGCUGGGAAGCAGCUCAGAGCUGGGCAGGGCCAAGCUUCAGGAUGAGCAGGAUGAAGACCUUCCUGACGACAGCUCUUCGGACUCCUCCUUCCGCCACCUCACCCGCACCUACCGUGCCACCAGCAGCAUCUUCAGCCCUGAGCUGACAGCAGCCAUGGAAGGAGCGGUGGAGCACCAGGGCCGUGGCGGAGAGGAGAUCUGGAUGCCCAAGGAGUCGAGCCCAUAUGCCAUCCACAAGAUCAAAUCUGCCACCAAAUGAGAACUGGAAGAAAAUGAAGGGAGAGCAAUGGGGGGGUUGGAGGCUGAGUGGGAUCCAGCAUGGGAGAGAUGGAGUUUGUCCUCCUCAGGGUGAGUGGACAUCCCAAGUGGCAGCAGGGCCACAGCGGCCCCAGCGUGGCCAUCAACCCACUGCUCCACCAGCCUGGAAACCUCUAACCCGGCGAUGGUAAGAGGUAGUCCCUGGGUGUGCUGAGGGGCUGCAGGGUGGCCCUGGGGACAGCCGGCUGCUUUGCUGCAAGCACAGCACUAACCCUAAGAUAACCUCCCUGUUCCUUGCUCAUGCUGGCUGGCUUUAGUACUUACCCAUGCUCAGCCAAGGCUGCCCUGAGCCUUCCCAGGCUGCUUACUCCUGUUUCUUCUUGGAUGUUGCUGCUUCCACACCUGGUGCCGCCAACACCCCACAGUGCCUGGGCUGCAUGCUGACAGCAGGGAUGCAGGGAGGGCACAGGCAGAGCUGGUGGGAAAGCAUCACCCAGCACAGCCCUCCCAUGCUACAGGCCUUUCGUCUGGGUUCCCCCAGGGAGCUCAGCACAGGGCUGGUGUUCUGCCCCAUGCAUUGCUCCAGGCUUUCCUUUGUGCUUCCUCCACUGGCAAGGGAGCCCUGGAGGUAACUUGCUGGUGCUUUUUCCA